GGUGUCUUAUAACAUUUUACUUCCUUCCACACAGACCGACGCGAACAAACCGAGAAAGAAGACGUCGUUAAGUUUUAAAUGUUGCCGCCAACUGUCGCGUUUUGAGGUUGGUUUUUAACUAUUUUUUUUAUCGUAGAAUCCGCGGCAUGUGGCCAGUGGUGUCUGAGGACUGAAGUAUUGUUGGAAACCGCGGACCGUAACGUGUAGGCCUCCGAAGAAAGUUUGGUCGAGGGCCUGUAAACAACAUGUCCUCCGCCUCGCAGUCUUCCUCCAGACGGCAAUGGUGCUACCUCUGCGAUCUGCCCAAGAUGCCCUGGGCCAUGCUGUGGGAGUUCAGUGAAGCUGUGUGCCGGGGCUGUGUCAACUACGACGGGGCGGACCGAAUAGAGCUCCUCAUAGAAACUGCCAGGCAGCUGAAGAGCACGCACGGAGUUUUGGACGGCAGGUCUCCCGGUCCUCAGCAGAGCAAACCCGGCUCGGCUGGGCCCAUUGAAAUGGGGCGGCAGCAUGGGGAGCGUGUAGACAGAGGGAGGGGGGAGUACGGGGUGUCUUCUCGCCUCCCCAAUGGUUUGCACAGGGCAGAAGACGUGGCCUUGUCGGAGGGCAGCAGACAGAGCCCCAACACCCGCCGGGCUGUGGCUGGGGCAGUCCCCAGCCUGCAUGGCACCAUACCCCACACCUUGAUAGCUCAGGGGCUAGUAGCGGGCCCCCAUGGGCUUUUAACCUCACUAUCAGCCUCCAGAGCUGGAGCCACACCUAUCGCGGUCUCAGCUGGACCCUUGAUGGGUGACGGGGGCAGAAGACAGGCCGUGUCCCUGGGCGUGGGAGCGGGCACCUCUCCUCUGGUGGGCAUAGACCCGGCGGUGUGGAGGAACAAUGAAGUCAUGGCUGAACUGAACGAGGUGGCUCGCAGCAGGGUGGAAGGCUGGCCGAACCGUCCCAAGGUGGUCCGGGACGUGCUCCUCGCCCUCAGCAGCUGCGUGCCCUUCAACGUGCGCUUCAGGAAAGACCACAACCUGAUGGGUCGCGUUCUGGCCUUCGACGCCAACACGACGCCAGAGUUCGAGCUGAAGGUGUUUGUGGAAUAUCCCGCGGGCUCUGGGAUGAUCUUCUCGGGCGUUCCAGACUUGGUCAGGCAGAUGUUCCGCGACUCGGCCAAAGACGCAGGUAAAGCGGUGAACUCCGGCCUCCGCUAUGUGGAAUAUGAGAAGCGCCAGGGGACGGGGGACUGGCGCGGGCUGUCCGAGCUGCUGAAUGACGGCGUGCGCAUGUUCAAAGAGCCCCCUAUUCCAGAGGUCCUGCCGCAGCCGGAUCCAGUGUUGCCUUUGUCAGCCGCUGGACGCCCCGGGCCGGCGAAGGGCACGACCAGGCGCCGCAAGGCUUCUCCGGGCUCCGAGAACGGAGAGAGCGAAGGGAGGCCCGAACACUCGGGGAGGGAGCCCUGGCCCCGAGGCGCCUACGCCGGCAUGGAGCCCCUUCCUGGCAUGGCCGCCCCUCAGGAAGGCCCACCCCGUCUGCACAGCCAGCCUUCGCCGAUCUCGGCUCUCAUGGGGGUCGCAGACAGCCUGAGCUCCAGUCAGAUGGCGAGAGACAGCCCCAGCAUGUCCACAGCCCACUCGUCUUCAGCCGGACGUCCCACCAGCAGCAGCCCCUCCACCGCCUCCACCUCAGUCUCCCAGGCAGCCGUCGGGCAGGGCAUGAGCGCGGUGGGGCCGAGCAGCAACGCCAACGCCGGGGAGUCUACGAGCAGCGCCCAGGGCACCCUGCUCUGCUGCACGCUGUGCAGAGAGCGCCUGGAGGACACUCACUUCGUCCAGUGUCCCUCUGUCCCCCAACACAAGUUCUGCUUCCCCUGCACCAGAGGGUUCAUCCGCAGCCAAGGUCAAGGAGGAGAGGUGUACUGCCCCAGCGGAGAGCGCUGCCCCCUGGCUGGAUCCACCGUGCCUUGGGCCUUCAUGCAGGGAGAGAUCUCGACCAUCCUGGCCGGAGACGGAGACGUGACGGUGAAGAAGGAGAACGACCCUUGACGUCUCCAUCCUGUUGUGAAUGUGGAUCAAACACUUUGAAAGCACUUCCCUAUUAUCUCAAGCAGAGGUCCACCUUGGCUGCAGUUCAUCACGUGAGCCUCCGAGGGCAGAAUAACUCUGGACCACCAGGAGGACAACUACACAAAGACUGGUAACUAAAGACACAACAGGACUCAUGAGAAGAGGGACACGCCUGAGUGUCGGGGCUCGGCUCAGCCGCUACACCUCCACCGAAUGUUGAGCCUCAGCCCCCGUCCCUCCCUCGCUCCCUCCCUCCUCUUUUGUCCCGCACGGCAGAGGCCGCAAUUCAAAAAUCCCAGGAUUGAAAGCACAUGCUUGUUUCUAAGAAUGACAAUCUUCAUUUGGUUUUUUGUGUUUGUUUUUUUUUUUUUUUUUGUUAUAAACGUUGCGUCCUGUCCUAUAACUAUUCAGGACGGCGAUACUGAUAGAUGGUUUUGAGAGAAUCAUACAUUUCUUCAAAAAAAAACAACAACAACAGAAUGUUCAAAAAUUGAAAAACAAACAAAAAAAAUUGGAUCCUUAAAGCCAAGGAGUGAAAAAAUGUAAUCCCACCAUGUCUCUUAGGUAUUCUCCUUAUAUUAUGUCAAAAAUGUGAAUUUACUUUCAAUAUGGCUAUGUAAUUUCUAUUUUUGAUACAAUACAAAUUUCUAUGUACUUGUUUAUAGUGAUAAGAAGACCAAAGAUGGCUUCAUGCUCAAUGUAAUUUUAUUGUAUUGUAGCUGUGUAUGCUGUAUUCACUGAUAACCUUGGCAUCAGUCACUAAUUAGUUCAUUUAUCACAGACGUAAGCUUGUUUUGUCUAUUUACUUUUUUGGACUUCUAUGUAUGAUAAUUAUUAGCGCCACAAUCGUCAAUGGUUAACCCACAUACUCAUGUGUCCUAAACAGGUCAAUUCUACAAUAAAUUCCAAAAUAGUUA